AUUGAAUGAGAAACCUUCACGAUUUCAUCAUCAAACGACACUUGGAUGAGGACGAACAUCGUAACAGACUCGUCGUGAGAAAAAUCAUGCGGGAAACCAACCAAUUUCCAUGCAGCCGCGUAAAAGAAUCCAUCAGAUCAUCUAAAUUAAGCUUCCCUUCUUUCAAAUUAAUGGCAAUCUAGGCGAUUCCCUCGCGUUUCUGCCGAUUUCCUUCCUUUUUCCACCGAUCCUUUCUUUACCUUCGUUGGCAUUGGCGCCCCAUCUUCUCAGAUUCUUCAGCAAUUUUGUGUUAUUAUCUGCCCCUCCGAUCUGAUUCCAUCAAUAUCUUGAUAGUGAUUUGGUUGAUUUCAUUGAACGUGAUUGAAGUUGAAAAGCAUUGAGAUUCAAAAGAUAUGGUGAUGGAAACGGGUUAUUAUGAGGUAUUGGGUGUCAGCUUUGAUGCUACCCCUGCAGAAAUUAAAAAAGCUUACUACGUUAAGGCAAGGUUAGUUCAUCCAGAUAAGAAUCAAGGAGAUCCGAAAGCUGCAGAAAAUUUUCAGGUACUUGGAGAGGCUUAUCAGGUAUUGAGUGAUCCCGAGAAGCGUGAUGCGUAUAACAUUUAUGGGAAGGCAGGAGUACAACAGGACGGCAUGGUGGAUCCUGCAGCUGUGUUCGGUAUGAUUUUUGGAAGUGAAUUCUUUGAAGUGUAUGUUGGUAAGCUUGCUUUGGCUGUACUAUCAACUCUGGAAAUGGAGGAUGAUUCCCAAGACUCCGAGAUACGCAGACUAAAAAUUCAGGAAAAGAUGCAGCUGUUUCAAAGGGAAAGGGAAGAAAGACUUGUAAAUAUUUUGAAAGAGCGCCUCCAGCCAUAUGUCGAUGGUCAGAUUGACGAGUUUGUGGCGUGGGCAAGUUCAGAAGCACAACGACUCUCAAAUGCCGCUUUUGGUGAGACUAUGCUGCACACAAUUGGAUACAUAUACACAAGGAGAGCUUCUAAGGAACUCGGGAAGGACAGACGUUAUAUGAAUGUUCCGUUUCUAGCCGAGUGGGUGCGAGAUAAAGGACACCAGAUAAAAUCACAAGUUAUAGCAGCUUCAGGUGCUGUUUCUUUGAUUCAGUUACAGGAAGAGUUGAAGAGGUUGAAUGAAGGAGAUGACAGAGACGGGAACGUGGCAAAAGCCAUUGAAGAGAAGAAAGGUGCUGUUCUUAACUCGCUUUGGCAGAUUAAUGUGGUCGACAUCGAAUCUACUCUGUCACACGUCUGCCACAUGGUUCUUAGGGACCCAAGUGUGUCGAAGGACGAACUGAAGCUACGAGCGAGAGCACUGAAGAUGUUCGGAGCAAUCCUGCAAGGUGCAAAGUCAGCUUACAGCAGAGAAAACAGCCUGAGGCAUGAAACUGAGAGAUCACUGGGCAGUGCUUCAAGUUCAUGAUCUCGCACACUUCCAUGGAAACUGGUAGCCUCCUCACUUUCUCUGCUCAAGGAUGGUGAUCUGCUGAUGUUCUUCGUUGUUCUUUAUAUAUUUAAAUUGAGUGAAUCUUCUUGUAUUUUGUAUGCUUUUUUUGAGAAUGCCUUCAUUUUUUUCAACUUUUUUGGUUCUUAAUUUGAAAUUUUUAGCUUAGAAUC